AAGAAGGAGACCUCACGUUCUGAGACUUGUCUGUCCGACGUAUCAGUCACCAUGUCGUACGCGGCCGGGUCGUACGCGGCCAAGUCCUACGCGGACAAGUCCUACGCCGACCGCUCGUAUGCCGAGAAGUCUUUCAAGGACAGCGCUUACACGACCUACGAUGAAGCAGCCAAAACGGCAUACCAACAACAGCUCCUGAAGGAAAAGCAGAAGCGUAGAGACGCGAUGCACUGUGAAGUCGCCGCUCUCGUGAUCGGAUUCGUCGGCCUGAUCGGUGUCGCGGCGGUUACGGGUCUCCCCAUGUGGAAGGUGACGGCGUUCAUCCAGGAGAACAUCAUCGUCAUGGAGACCCGCUGGGAAGGCCUGUGGAUGAACUGCUACCGCCAGGCCAACAUCCGCAUGCAGUGCAAAGUGUACGAUUCUCUGCUCUACCUGCCUGCUGAGCUCCAGGCCGCCCGAGGUCUCAUGUGCACCGCCGUGGCUUUGACGACGCUCGCCUGCAUCAUCUCGACCAUUGGGAUGAGGUGCACUCGCCUUGUGGACUCACGACCACGUGUCAAACACAUCACUCUGAUGGUCGGUGGAUGUCUGUUCCUGGCUGGAUGUUUAGCCACCCUCAUUCCUGUCUCCUGGACCGCCAACGUCAUCAUUCAGGAUUUCUACAACCCCCUGCUGAUUGACGCGCAGCGCCGAGAGUUAGGAGAGGCGCUCUACAUCGGAUGGGUGAGCGCAGCGAUAUGCUUCACAGCCGGGGUUAUACUGCUGUGCCGACACGCACCGAGAAUAGAAGAGAAGGAGGACGUCAACUCUGUGUUGUACAGGGCCCAGUACGCUCCAUACAAUAACACUUAUCCUGGAUAUACCUAUCAACCAGCUUACAGCUACCAGCCAGCAUACGGACAUCACCCUCCUUCUGUUGCCUACGUAUCAUCCGCAUAUUAAAAGAGUCAAAAUGUAGGACAGAUAUUUCCACAGCUGUUAUGAUCUCUUGAGUUCAUUUGCUCAGUGUCCUGGACUCAUCACUGUAAAUAAUGAACAUGGAGAUUUUUUUUUUUUUUAAAUCAAUAUUGUAUGUUUUAACCUCGUCAGUGGUUAUAUAUAAGUUUUUAAUGUAAAAACAUUUUUGGUAAAGAACUUGACUUUGUGUUGUCACUGAGCACUCUAAGUAAAGAAUAUUCCAUGCAUAGUAUAAAUAUUAGAUAAACUGAUCAUGUGACAUACUAUGGACAUUACCAAAACACACACACUCACACACACACACAUACUGUGUAUAUACACACAGUUGUAAGCUCUUGUUAUAAUGCGGUAAUACUUUUUGAAUCUUUGAAUCCAUGUGUUUUGUUUUAUGUUUGUAGUGUUUGUUUGAAAUAAAAUUAAAUUAUCACAGUUUCAGUA